CACACACUAGUCAAAGGACCCAGUGAGCAACAGAGACGAGAUUGGGAAAAAAAAAUUCGUAUGAAUAGAAAUUCUUUCACUAGGUGUAAAUGUCUUCAACUUAACAUACCGUUUGAAUCCUUAUUGUUGUAAUAACUGACAGUUGAAGUCAAAUCCUUUUCGGAGAUAAACAUACUGUGAAAAAAAAAGAUGAAGUCCAAGAAGAAGAAGAGGCAGGAUGAUUUCCAAAAGGUCAAAUUAAAAGUGGGAAAGAAAAAACCAAAAGCGGAUAACGCCACCAACACCAACUUUCGGACAAGGGGAAUCCAUCUGUCUGAACAACUGAAGAGAGACACGAGUGGCCCCACAACUCACAGACAACUGGGUAUCAAUGAACUCCUGUCCCAGCUGCAUCAUUACAACGCCAACAUGAAACACAGUGCCUUGUUGGGUUUGAAAGAGCUGCUGUCUGUUAAUCCAUCUCUGUUGGAGCAGAAUCUUUCACGUUUGCUUUCUGAAGUGGCAGCUGUUGUCACAGAAAAGGAUAGAAACGUUCGUGUGGCAGCGACACGUGUACUCAGGUUUGUCGCGCAGUCUGUGACUGCAGAAAAAGUGUCUCCGUUUUUCCCGCUCCUCAGCGCUCACUUGACUUGUGCCAUGACCCACAUCGAGCCAGGCAUCCAGGAAGAUGCCAUGAACGUUUUAGAUGUUUACCUGGAGCACUACCCAUCUCUACUCGCUGCCCGGUCCACGGUGCUCCUCACCAACUUCCUGGAGCUGAUCUCUCAUAGACAGAACACAGGAGGAGCCAAAAAGUCUCUGGAUGCAAAGGGCCGAACCUGGGCUCUGUCGGUGAACCCUGAAAGGACCGUGACGAGCCAGCAGUGGCGUCUCUCUGUUCUUCUAAGGCUCGGCCACUUUCUGCAGGCAGUCGUUGAGGAAAGGCCCAUGGGCGAAGGUGAUUUGUCCAUCCAAACUGAAGGAAAGUUUGGUUCAAGAGGCUGUGGCUGUGUUACACCUCUGUUUCUCAACUGGGAAGAUUUAAUCAGCAAGAAAGUUGAAGCUAAAGUCUAUGAAAACUCUGGAGCUAAACCGUCGCCCCACUCCGCUUUUAGACUCAGACCUAAGGUGGACUCAGGAGCUACAGUGAGCGAGGGUCUGGACUCGGCUGAGACGGUUCAGAGGUUCGCCGCUACCCUCGUGCCUCUGCUGCUGGAGGUUUGGGUGGAAGCUUGCACCAACGACUGUUCCUGGAUCAGCGCCGAGGGUUCUCACCUGCUCUCUCCAGAAGCCAUGUCCGUCAUGUUCCAGGUCUUGACUGUUCUGCAGCUGCUGAGGAAACUGCCCACCCAGCAGGAGAACCAGGACGCACUGGAUGCUUGGUUACGUAAGGAAUACAUGGGAGAUUUUAAGCAACACUUCAUAAAAAACUUUCCUUACGGGAUGAGGGACACACCGAAACACAAGAAGAAAGUUGAUCUCAAAAGGAGUAAACAGACUGCAGCUGUUCCCGCCCUGACCGUGGAGCCUCUGGCCUUGAACAUCACACUUUGCCAGGCCAUGGUGUCCCUCAGCCAGAAGCAGGGUCCCAGCCAGGAGGCGGACGGCGGCUGGCUGUCUCCUCUCAGGUGUUUUGUCCGGGACACUCUGAGCAGCGGAGUGAAGCUGAGCUACAAGCAGCUGCUCAUGCUGCUGGGCACCGUGCAGAACAUGGUGCUGACACAAAGGAGCAGAACAGUGACAGAGGAGCUGUUGGCAGCUGUGUACGUCUACUAUAAACAGAGGAACCUUCCCCUGCAGACACGCUCGCUGCUGCUUUCUUUCUACAGCAAACUCUACCUGCAGGAGCAGGAGCACACUCAUAUCGCCAGGAGCAAGGUGUUGUGUCGAUGGUUGGCGUCUCUUCCUCUGCAGCUGUCCCAGCUGGGCCACCGGAACCCAACGCUCUCUGCUCAGCUCAUCGUUUCCAUCCAGGCCGCAGCGUCUCGAGGCAACAAAGAUCUUCUCAACAGCCUGCAGACGUACGGCUGCAGGCUCUACGAUCCGCAGGAAGGAGUUGUGGUUCUGCUGCCAGCCGAGUCCCAGCAGCAAAUGGUUCAGCUGCUUUACUUCUUCCCCAAAAUGUCGCAGCCUCUGCUGGCCAACCUGAGCGGCUGCUGCACCGCCGGACGCAUCUCCUCCGGCCUCGCCGCCUCCCUGAUCCGUAUCGUCCACUUUAGGUCUUCUCUGAGCGGCUGGUCCGUCGGGAACCAGGAAGCGGCUCUGCAGGACGUGGACUACAUCAGCUUCCUGUUCUCCACCCUCGUAGGCUUCUCGUCCGAGAACCUGACCGCCCUGCAGGAGGACGAGAGCGCCACGCCUCCUUCUUCGCUCGCGCCCAUCUGUCUGCACCUCACCCCGUUGGAGCAGUUCACACACCACUGGGAUGUUGUUGAGGAAGUGUGCCACUGUCUGGAAACUAUUGGUUCAAAGUCUCAGUGCUUCGAUGUCUUCCAAAACGGCAUUUUCAGAUACCUGAUCAGGCUGGACGUGGUCCCUGACAGCAUGGCAGCCGGGCUCUUGAGAGCCGUCUCCAGAUUACUGGAUCUGUCCAUCCUGCCCGUGGAGCCGGUGCUGCGCUUCUUGUCUCAGUGCUGCCUCAGCCUGAUGGCGCAGCUUGUCACCCUGCAGCAGGAGGCGCCCGCCGACACAGACCACAAGAGGGAGGCCAUUUGGAGUUCCUGCGUGACGUCUCUGAGCAGCGUUCCCCGUCUACUUCGGAUCGUUCUGCAGUCGAUGCGUGUCCGAGGGCUUAGCGAGGAGGAGCUGCCGCAGCUGGGGCAGAUCCUGUCCAUGCUGCUGCAGCACACGCCGCUGCACAACCAGCUGCUGGCUAACACUGCUCUGCUGCAGGAGAUCAUACAGAACCUCACGAGGUACGCCCGGGGUACGACCAGAGAGCAGUGGCUGACGGACCUGCUGUACUGUUACAGCGUCACCGUGGCUCACGGUACCUCUGCGCACCGUGGGAACCUGGGCCUUCGAGACGCCUAUUAACCAGCACAUCCAUCAGACGAGCACCGGGUGUGUGUUGCUUUGUCAUCCUCGCCGUACAACGCAGCGUCACUUUCACACAUUGCUGCAGGCAAACACACAAAUACUUCCUCGUUCUUGUUGAAAGAACGUAACUUUUCCCUCUGUCUUAAACUGUUUACCACCUUUUUUUGUAGCUUUUUUUUUGUGUUAUUGUUGGGCCAGUGUUUACUGAAGUACAAAGAAACUUUGAAUUACAAACAAAAAAUAAAGGAAAAACCAAAUAAAAAAACAUAAAAUCGA